GAGGAAGAAGAAGAAACUUGCAUGGCUUCCACAUGCAUGUCUGGGCUGCAUCACUGAACUGACCUGUCUUAUUAAAACGUGUAGUGUGAAGUUAAAGAACAGAGUAACGACAUGGAUGUAAGCGAGGCAGCCGACGACAGCUUUGGAAUAGAAGUGAUUCUUCCAGAGGGCGAGAAGACAGCUCCAUGUUGUCCACAUGGUCCAACCUUGCUGUUUGAGAAGGUUGUUAAAGGAGGAGAGACAGGCAGGAGGUUUUAUGCCUGCUCAGCCUGCAGAGACAGAAAAGACUGCAACUUCUUCCAGUGGGAAGAGGACAAGGUGUCUGAGGCCAGGCUGGUGGCCAGAGAAGCAGAGAACAAGUCAAAGAGACCCAAGUUCAGCCACCAGGAGUACUGCAACAGGUCUAGAAAGUUUGCCUCCCUCCCGCUGCAUGAGAAGAAGCUCUGUCAGAAUUGUCAGCUUUUGCUGCUGCCGGCGGAGUACGACGCCCACUCCUCCCACAGAAUCACGGCCGUGUCCGCGGCUCAGCUGAGGAGGCCCAGCGUGCUGCUGCGUCCUCUGGACAACAAGAAGAGCAACGCCCAGUACCUGUUCACCGACCGCAGCUCCCACUUCCUGCUGGACUCCCUGGCCGCUCUGGGAUACACCAAGGUGCUGUGUGUGGGCACACCCAGACUUCAGGAGCUGAUCAAGCUGCGAAACCUGGAGCAGAUUCAUAAGCCGAUGCAGAGUCUGCUGCUGGACAUUGACUUCAGAUACGCUCAGUUCUACAGCCAGGAUGAAUUCUGUCACUACAACAUGUUCAACCAUCACUUCUUUGAUGGAGAGACGUCCAGUGGCGUCCUGCAGGCCUUCCUCGCAGAGAGCGACGGCCAGAAGGUGGUGAUGGUGGCCGACCCUCCGUUCGGCGGCCUGGUGAAGCCUCUGGCCAACACGUUCUCUCUGAUCUCACAGACAUGGAGGAAGCUGCAGAGUUCUGACUGCAGUAGCACCGACGUGCCCAUGAUGUGGAUCUUCCCAUAUUUCUUUGAGCCUCGCAUCCUGGAGUGUCUCCCCUCGCUCACCAUGCUGGACUACCAGGUGGACUAUGACAACCAUCCUCUGUACAAACACGGGAAGACGGGCAGGAAGCAGUCUCCUGUCAGACUCUUCACUAAUAUUCCACCCCGCGAUGUCGUCCUGCCCAAAGAGGAGGGCUACAGAUUUUGCUCCGUAUGUCAGAGAUUCGUCGUGUCCCUCAACAAGCACUGUGCUAAAUGCAACGUCUGCCCAUCCAAGGACGGCCGAGAAUGGAGGCAUUGUUCUACAUGUGAGAAAUGUGUGAAACCAUCUUGGAAACACUGCCAGCCCUGUGGUCGCUGCGCCCUCCCAGACCACCCGUGUGGACGCGGCGAAGGGAAAGAGGGCUGCUUCAACUGUGGCAGCGUGGAGCACAAACGCAAAGGGUGCCCUCUCAAAGACGCACACAGGAUCAAUCGUCGGUUCAAUGCAAAGAGUGGAAGCAAAAAUGUAUCCCGUCGUCCCCUGUGGAAGCCUAAAGCGAAGAGGAAGUCUGGAGCAGCUCGCAGAGCCAAGAAGUUGACUGCCACGUCUAAGUGACUCAGCAUUCAUGCAGUCUCUUGUCAGCUAUGCAAACACAAGCACAAAGAGUCAUUUGAUUUCAACUCACAUGCUGUUAUAACAGUGUUUUAGUACAAUAAAAAGUAACAUAAAAAGAGAA